ACGAUCCACAGGUUUAUUCAAGAAGGAGAACUUGCAAAUCCACUCUAUUAAAUCUCGAUCACCAAGAUAAUGGUAUGUUGGGAUUUCCUUCAAGAGAUCACUCAUUCUUGCUCCUAAAUCCUAAAGAUGCAGACAGCCAUAGUAAAUCCCUGCUCCAGCAAGUUCUAGAGCUUUACUUGGAAGAACUUCCUACCAUGAACUAUGCUGCAAAUACUGGAAAGAAAUCCCAAUUUCUUGAAAAAUGUACAACGAGUGGAAAAUAUACGACCUUGGUUCUGAGAUCAGAUCCUGUAAAUGGGUGUGGUGAGGUUAUUGCUGCAGUAUCAUAUCAAAUAAUUCCUAAUGACACUCAAUAUGCUGAAAUACCUCUUACUGCUGUCAGUUCAAAGAACCAAAAAAUGGGUUUUGGUCAAGCCUUGUACAAGGAAUUGAGAGAAAGACUUCAAAAUGUGGGUAUUUUGACAAUAUUUUGCUGGGCAGAUAAGACAUCAGAAGGUUUUUGGCUUAAGCAGGGUUUCAUAACAAUAGGAGAGGUAAACAGCAAAGGCAAAGUUAGCAGGCUACCAAUCAGAGCAGAUAUUAGGAGGGAAUUAUCUUUUCCUGGUGGUUCAAUGCUUAUGGUUGCUCAUGUUAAGAAGGAUACAAAUAAUAUAGGCUGCAACAGUGGUAAAAUUAAUUUAAGAGAGGCUGUGAGGGAGUUUGAUGUUGAUGUUAAAGAUAACUCUUCUCAGCAGAGAAUAAAGAGGCCAAUCUGGGAAGCUUCAUUAUCUUCACUUAAGUCAAAGAGAGUCAGAGGGGCCCAUCUUAUUGGCUGUUGUCAGAACUCAAAUCAGAGUCUUGCUUGUGACAAUUGCAUCUUGCAAUCAUCUAGACACACAGACAUGGCAAAUGUGCUGCCUGACCAUUCUACUAGUCCUAGUUGUUUUGGAAUUCAUGAUGCAGGACGAAGAUCAGGUGACUUAUGUGAUCAUCUGGUUUCAAAAGAAAAUUGUCCUAGAAUAAUGUUCAUGGAUAUUGCUGAUGAUGUUAAGAAGACAUGGCUUACUAAGAUAGUUGAGGAACUUGGGGGUUCUGUCACAUGCGAUGGAAGUAACAGUACACAUGUUAUUACUGGAAAAGCACGAAGGACUUUGAACUUCUCCAUAGCUCUGUGCUCUGGAGCAUGGAUAGUGUCCCCAAAAUGGCUGAAGGCAAGCUUCAGGGAAGGCAGGUUUUUAGAGGAGUCGCAAUUCAUUCUAGAAGACGAAGACUAUUUGUUGAAGUACAAGACCGACUUGAGAAAUGUGGUUAAUAGAGCAAAAACAAAUCCCAAAUCAUUGCUCAGAGGAUAUCAUGUCUGCCUCACGAAGCAUAUUCAGCCCUCUGUUGGCAUCGUUUCAACCAUUAUUCGGUCAGCUGGUGGCAAUGUAAUGCAUGGCUUCGGCUGCAUCAAUGAGCCUUCAAGAACCAUCUUUUUGGCAUGUGAAGAAGACAUGUCAGAGGCUUUGUUAGCAGCAAAGAAGGGAGCAUGGACUUUUAGCAGUGACUGGUUAAUGAACUGUGUCAUGAAGCAGGAGCUCGAUCUGGAGGCUCCGCAGUUUGCCGAGUCGCUUUAGGGCUUCACACAAAUCCAAUCGUUUUGAUGGAUAUCAGCCUUACUUUUUGGUGGGACUGGCACUUUGAAAGGCAAAUAAUGGAGUAUCAAUCAGAACUAGAAAGAGUCGUGAUAAUUGAAGAAAUGUUGUCAAAGAAUCAAUCAGAUGCUUAUCAUAAAGCAUGUUUUUUUCAAGGAUGAUGUUUUGCAGUGAUGGAUAUUGAAUGAUAAGUGACAAAAAUAUGACACAGGAAACUAGGAAGUCAUGGGAGGGACAACAAAAAAGCUGGAAAGGGAACUGAUGGAUAGUGACAUGAGGGCAACCGAUUCAAGCUGCCAUGUAGUUCUAUUUCACCUUGUGAAUCUAGCUUUCCAAGUGAGAAAAUUGGCAGAAGUGGAGCCUCCAAUCCUAGUUCUACAGAUCCGAAGAAGAAUAUAUUGAUAUACUAUUACUUGAUAGAUGAAUUCUAUUGUUUUAUCUUCUUUCUUUUUUUCCUCUGAGAGUGUUACAAUUUGCCAUGUUUUUAAAUCCUCCUUAUUUCUUGAAGUUACUCUGAUGUGAGAAAAGUUUUUAUCUUAAUUUUUUAUUCAACUAUAAAAUAUGAGAAAAAUUCAUGAUUCAUAUCUUCAAUUUGUUUUUCUAAAGAUUAAUCUCUUGAUCAUCUUUUAUUGACUGCUAUCACUAACAUGA